AGAGGUUUGGGCUCUGUUCGCACCCGUAGUGCGCCUAGGAUUGUGGGACUGGGGAAGAAAAUGGUGGUGAUUACCCUCUGCCGGGCGGCCGGUGUCCCAGCAAUGUCACGGGCUCAUGUUAAGUCCCUUGUGACCCGGAUUCCGAUUGUCCUACAGCAGCGGAAGGUCCACCAUACACUUCUUCCUCAUGGGAAAGGAGGUCGCUCCUCAGUUAGUGGUGUGGUUGCCACUGUCUUUGGUGCCACUGGAUUUUUGGGAAGAUAUGUUGUCAAUAGACUUGGACGCAUCGGAUCCCAGGUUAUUAUUCCCUAUCGUUGUGACAUAUAUGACACCAUGUAUCUUCGACCAAUGGGGGACCUGGGGCAAUUGGUAUUCAUGGAAUGGAACGCGAGGGACAAAGAUACUAUCAGAAAAGCAGUCGAGUAUUCAAAUGUUGUCAUUAACAUUGUUGGGAGAGAAUAUGAAACCAAGAACUUUAGUUUUGAUGAUGUGUUCGUGAAUAUUCCAAAAGAAAUUGCCACUAUAUCACGUGAGGCUGGUGUGGAGAAAUUUAUCCAUGUGUCCCAUUUAAAUGCUGACAUGAAGAGUCCUUCAAAGUAUCUGAGAACAAAGGCUGUUGGAGAACAGGUUGUGAGAGAAGCUUUUCCAAAUGCGAUAAUAAUUAAACCAUCAGAAAUGUUUGGCAGAGAAGACCGCUUUCUCAAUCAUUACGCAAACAUGCGUUGGUUUGGUGGUGUGCCGCUGAUUUCUUUUGGUAAAAAGACUGUGAAACAACCUAUUUAUGUAGUAGAUGUUGCCAGGGCCAUAAUGGGUGUCCUAACGGAUCCUGACUCCGAUGGAAAGACAUAUGCAUUAGCUGGUCCUAACAGAUACCUGCUUCAUGAUCUGGUGGAAUACAUCUUUGGUGUUACCCACAGGCCAUUUUUUCCUUAUCCUCUUCCUAGGCCUCUCUACCGCAUAGUUGCAAGAUUUUUUGAGGCGAAUCCGUUUGAACCAUGGACAACCCGAGACAAAGUGGACAGACUACACACCACAGACAAGAAAUAUCCCGAACUCCCUGGUUUGGAAGACCUUGGUAUUAUCCCAACACAUCUGGAGCAGAGGGCAAUCGAAGUCCUACGCCGACACCGCAAGUACCGUUGGCUGGAUGCAGAUGUUACUGACACAAAACCAGCAACUCCUGUAAACUUUUAACAGAAAACAAAAUCAAGUAUUCUGAGUUUGGAAAAUGUCCUUUCCCUUCUAAAUAAAGUUUUGUGACAAUUCUGAUUUCACCACCAAUGUAUAUAAAUAAAAUAUUGAAAACUA